CAGGUGGACAUUCGUAUGACGUCACCCACUGUCGAUCGAAUCAAGACUGUGAAGACUACCAAAGGUGACGGAAAGUACACCGCUGCGAUGGAUUUCUCCAGCAAACGUGGGCCCAAGGUGGAAGCCGGCACAUACACCAUUGAUGUGCUCGUGGGUGGUCUGAUGAUCGAGAAGCCUCUGACCUGGACCGUGGGCAAGGCAGACAUUGCGUCGACGUUUGUGCGCCAGAGUGCUACUGGCGUACACAGACUUGAGCCGCUCGAGUACACCUUUACGCCUGGAUUCGAGGUGCCCUCGUCGUUCAUGGGAACCGUUUUCUCUGCGGCGGUGGUGGCUCCUGCCGUCAUACUUCUGGGAGCGUGGGCCGGGCUAGGAGUGAACCUGAAGCAGUUUAACCCAUCGCUGGCUGCGUUGGUCUUCCACUCGUCGUUGGUGGCUAUGUACGCCCUCUUUAUCUGGUUCUGGGUCGAGCUCAACAUGUAUACAACCAUCUGGUACUUCCUUCCCAUUGGCGUGGUGAUGUUUCUGAGUGGACACCGAGCUCUGUCGCAACUUGAGAUGGCCUAGAUACCGCUCCAGCAAUCUGAGAUCCGGUCGCACAGCGAACCAAGUUUUUGCACCCGUUUCAGUAGUGCAAAACGCCACAGAUUCGAUAAGGUGCACGAAAAUUUUCACUCCUGGUCGAUUGGUUGUAUUUGGGCCAAGCGUAUUGCAUACUUGCGUGAACAGACACUAAUGAUUGUGUAUGUACAACUACAUACAUACACACCCAUAUAUUAAACGUACGAAAUAUUAAACGUACGAAUAUAAAGUUGUCAUGUGUAAAAAUUCACUUGCUUGAAGGUAACUUCACACAUCAUUUCUAUAAAACAAUGGUUUACAGUAGAGUUAAACAAAAUGUCG